AUGUUUGAUAAACUAUUUCAUCAUUUCUCAUAAUGGUAUGAAAGCUUUAAUCCAUCAUAUUUUAUAAUUGCUGUGGUUGCUUUUUCAUAAGGAGUUCAACAUUUGGCUGAUUUAUCAAUAAACUUCAUGCUUAAAGAUGAUUUUGGAUUAUCUCCUGCAAUAAUGGGAUUGUAUUUGAGUUAUACUACAAUACCAUGGAUUGUUAAACCAUUUUGGGGACUUAUAACAGAUUCGAAACCUUUAUUUGGAUAUAGAAGAAAAUCUUAUAUAAUAUUAUUUAGUUGUUUAGAUGCACUAGGAUGGAUUGCCUUAUAUAAAUAUGGAACAAAUAGUUUACAUUAAGCUCUAUUGAUAUUAUUUCUCAUUUAAUUAUCAACUUGUUUUGUUAAUGUAGUUGGAGAAGCUAUUUUGGUUGAAGUAGCAGCAAAAUAAGAACAAAAAUAAACUAAUUUUUAACAUGGAGCAUCAAAAAAUGUUUCAAUCUUUUUUGGAGUUAGAGCAUUUGGAACUUUGAUAAGUGCAUUUUUUUCAGGUGCAUUAUUGCAUAUAUUUACAAAAUAAGAAAUAUUUUUAAUGACUUCAGCAUUUCCAGCUUCAUUAAUGAUUAUAUCCUUGUUUUAUACUGAAGAGAAAGUAGAUUUGAGAACUUUGAAUCACAAUGAUAGAAGAAAUAACACUAUGCAAUGUAUUAAGGACUUUUGGAUAUUUUUCAAAAAUCCGUUGAUUUACAAGUAUUAUAAAAUUUAAUAAAAGACCAGUGGCAUUAAUAUUUUGUUUUAUGAUGGCUCCAUCUAGUUCAACUAUUAUGUUCUUUUUCUACACAACGGUAUUAGGAUUUGAACCUUCGUUUCUUGGAUAGCUAAAAUUUGUUUAUGCCUUUUCAACAAUAUUAGGAGUCUUAUUAUAUAAUAAUUAUUUAAAAGAUGUUCCAUUUAAGAAGAUAUUUAUUACUACAACCAUUUUAUAUUAUUUUUGUAAUUAGUCUAUGAUUAUUUUGGUUACUAGAAAAAAUGUAGAGUGGAAUAUUAAUGAUAGAUUCUUUUGUUUAGGAGAUUCUAUUAUGUUAUAAUUAGUAGGAGAAUUAAAUAUUAUGCCAAUAUUAGUUUUAGCAUGUAGAAUGUGUCCUAAAAAUAUAGAAGCUACUAUGUAUGCUAUGUUAAUGAGUACUAUUAAUUUUGGUAUCAAAUUAUCUUAUUCUAGGAUCUACUUUGGGAUCUUAAUUUGGAGCUGUCUUUCUUAUUGCACUUGGAGUUAAUUAAAAUGAUUUCUCUAAGCUUUGGUUAUUUAUUAUGUUAACAGGAAUAUUCAUUCUCGUUCCUCUUCCAUGGGUUGGAGUUGUUAAAGAAUAACAAAUUUUUAAAUCAAUUGAUUCAUAAAAAUUAGCAAAAAAGAAAUAAGAUAAAGACUUUGAAUCUUUAUCUGUAUCAUCAAGUAACCUUCGAUCAGAAGAUGAUUAAUAAUAAUUACUGUCUUGAAUCAAAAUACAG